AUGGUUUUUCUGCCUAAUUUGGAGAAACUGCGCGUCGAAAGAAUUAGUAUGGUGCACGUAGUAGACUACCAAAUGGAAGGUGGGUCCUUCCACAAACCAAGAGGUUUGGAUGUGAGGAAUUGUGAAAAGGUUUUCAAUGUUGUUGCACCUGGUCAGCUAAAACUAUUUCCAAAUAUCCAAAGCCUUCAUGUCAAAGAUUGUCGCGAACUGGAAGCAGUGUUCAACUUCGAGGGGUUAACAGCUCGGAGAGAUCAUGCAAAAGUCACACUCGGUCAAUUAGAGUCAUUGAACUUCUCUAACUUACCUAAGUUAAUGCAUGUAUGGAGGAUGAUUCCCAAAGAACUUCAAGGUUUUCAGAAUUUGAAAUCAAUUAUUAUCUGGGAAUGUGACAGCUUGAGAUACCUAUUUUCACCUACUAUGGCAAAAUUGCUUGGGAAUCUACAAAUCCUAUGGGUUCAGGAGUGCAAGAUGAUAGAAGAAAUUAUUGACACGGAAGAUCAUUUCAAGAUCAAGAUUUUUGACGAGAUAGUGACUACAUAG